AUGUCAAAUAUAAAAGUAAGAUUCUUCUUAAAUGGAAAAUCGAUUUCAGUUAAACCACUGAAUUCACAAGACAAUUUGAAAACAGCAAGAGAGAAAUUAAAACAAAAGAUAUCUGGUUCUCAACAAUUCCUAACAAAAGAAGGAGAUUUAAUUGAUAUAGAUGAUGAAGAGUACUUUACUAUAAAAGAAACAAUUAAUGAAUCAAGAAUAAUAAAUAUCAAAGAAACAGGAGAUAAAAAGGAAGCAAAAAUAAAAUUAAAUGAUGAAACAAUUAGCACUAUUCAAGUAGAUAAGAAAACAAAGAUAAGUGACAUCAGAAAAUCAAUUCAAAAUAUUCCAGAAUCUGCACAUUUCUAUACAGUUGAUAAUGAUGUAAUUGAAAAAGAAGAUGAAGAAUCAUUUUGUGUAGAAGAAAGUAUUAAAUAA